AUGAACUGGACACCAGUUCUUGAAAGAACUAGAAGUUCAACUGAUCAGAAUCCAUUGCCAUUAGGUUUCAUUUUUGCUGGUUAUAUGGUAGUAGCAAUGCUUGGUUCAUUUGUUUUUUAUUCUCUUUCUAAAUGGAUUCGAAUUCAAUCAUAUAUGAUAGUGGUUCUUCUACUAGCUGCAGUCGGAAUGACAAUACCAAUUAUAUUUCCAAACUCAUUGAUAUCGGUUUUGAUUGGUUUUAUUCUGUUUGAAUUUUGUAUUGGUAUUUCUCGUCCAUCCAAAAGUGUUCUCAAAAAUGCAUAUAUACCAAACGAAAUAGCUAUGUUAUGUAUGAUUAUAUUGCGAGGGUUGAAAAUACCUGAAGAACAAGCAUACGUAAAUGAAACAGAAAUACUCUUGGAGAAAUCAUCAUUACCUCUAUCUGAAAUGGAACAACCUCUAAAUAGAUCAUCUUCUUCGACAUCAUUUACCCUUCAACAUUCAACAAAAUCUAAAGAAGAUAAUUGA